AUGGGCGCGGCGCCGGCGCCGGCGUGGGAGGACCACCGCGUCAUCUCCCCACGCGACCUCGCGGGCGCCGACGGCGUGCUGCGGGGGUUUCCCACGCGGUUCGGCAUGAUGGCGGCGCAGAUGAAGGCGUUCCUAGACGCCACGGGCGGGCUGUGGCGGGACCAGGCGCUGGCGGGGAAGCCCGCGGGCGUGUUCGUCGCCACGGACACGCAGGGCGGCGGGCAGGAGACCACCGCGCUCACCGCCGUCACGCAGCUCGCGCACCACGGCAUGCUCUUCCUUCGUGCGCCUGGGUUACGCCUUCGGCGCCGGCAUGCCCGGUGUUGA